AUUGUCGAAGCCUUCGCGUGUUGAAGCCCAGCAAAUCAAUAUACGAGACACGUUAGAGUGACCCCCAGGCUGCAACGAUGGCGGCGUCGUCCGUGGACGUGCGUGUUGAAGAACGAGUGGCACAGUUAGAAGCAAUCUCACAGCGUCGGAAUGAGCUCCUUCGACAGAUGUACUAUCUGCUUCGCCGACGGAAGGAUGUUCACGCAAUGCUAGAAGCGACGGAGGACCACGAUGACGGUGUUGACCUGGAGGCUUUCUUGGAUAGAUUUGACUUGAAUAAGCACCCGGAAACAGGUGGUAUUGAGAAUCUCGCCGAAAUUGACCUCCCACUGGAACCGCUAUCGCCCCGAGAAGAUGAUCGGUCUGGCGACGAUAUUCAGCCUGCCACGGACGGGGACAAUCCGUCACUGAAGGCUGAAUCAGAUGGUGAUUCCGACUCUCCCAUGUCUGAAUCGCCCCUUUCGCCCGAGCCUAAGGAUGGACAAGAAGGUCCUACCGACGCCCAGAUUGAGGAAGACUUACAGUAUCCAGAGUCGCCUGUGGAAGUCAGUAGAGCCGAGUCGGAAUACAGGACUGCUUCUCCUGCCUCUCCUGAACAUGAUCGUUCUGAAGCCACUGCACAUGACGCAGAGCAUGGGCAGGGCUCCUCUCCUGCAAGUGAAAUGCUGGCAGAAGACGUCCAAGGAGACGAAGACGACGACGAACGAGACGAGUUAGAUCUGAUCAGCAAUCGCUCCUCAACUUCGCCAUAUCCUCAGGCUUCGGUUGCUCAUAGUGGUACUCCCCACGCACGGCCUACGUCGGCAGACGAGGAGCCAUCCAAUGAUGAAGAGGAAGCGGAUGGGGAAGAGCUUACAGCCAGAGAACAGGAAGUUGAUGAACCAGAUGAAGAGUCUGAAGAAGCCAGAGAAGACGAAUGGGAGGCUCUAGGCUUCAACAAGCAUCUUCAGGAAGAGGAUGACAGCGAUGCCGAUUCGAAUGCAGAUGAGAAAAUCGUACCAGAACAAUCGAAUCCGCGUGAAGCGCAAGAGAGGCUGUCGAGAGAAGACGAUGGCCGGAUUUCUGAGGUCAGGGGAAGUCCUGAACAUGAGCAACCCGCAAUGUCUACUUCGCCGGAUAUCUCAAUGGAGGUCGUGGAAGAGAGGGCUUCUAUCGACACGGAGGACCAACCAGCGACGGACAAGGCCAGGUCGGGAGAACUACAGGCUGAGCAGCAGACGACCCUCUCUCCCGAGCAUAUCGAGGAUUCGCAGCAAGUUCCGAGUCUGCGGAGGGAUGCGUCACUCGAGAAUACGGUGCGCGAAGCUAGAGCCGCAUACGUUCAGCUUGCAUCUCAGGACACCAAUAUGCAAGGAGUAGUGGGGAACAUUGACUUAGAUCGGAAGUCCGCUGCUCCUUCAAGCGCAAGGGAGACUAGGGAUUCCUCAGGAAUGUUCUCUCCUCUGAGUUCCGAUGCUCAAACGCCGGAACGUGCGGAUACGCACAAGCGCCCUUCUCCAUAUGUCAUCCCUACUCCUUCGUCUCCCGUCCACGAAUAUCCCGCCUACGAUUUCACUCCCUUGUCACAAUUGCAGGAGUCUCCCUCCGGACGCUCAGCUUCGGCUGCUGGACAUGGGCCCCGAGUGAACCCAUGCUACACCCUACCCCCAUUGAAGGCCCUGCCCUCGGAAUUCAAUCGAAAGGGUAAAACUCUCAAACAGCGCAAACGUGACAAGGAGCGAGAAAAGAGUGAUAAAGGUUCGGAACGAGGAGAUGGCAAAAGAGACGGGAAGGACGACUGGAUAUCCCUUGGAGCAAAUCGAUGGGGAGCCACAAUGCGCGCAAAUCCGGUGUGGAAAAGAGUCUCCCGCGCGCAGAAGUGUCUAACUACUCGAGAGUGGAGUGUGGCUUACACAGAGCUGCGCUUUGUCCGAGCCCUAGACCGGGUCGAAAGCCUGAAGGAUAAAGGGAAAUGGAGCUUUAGGCAGCCGAAAAAGCAGAGAGCCGUCGGUGUUACGAAUAAGACCCAUUGGGAUUAUCUGUUGCACGAAAUGCAAUUGAUGCGCAUUGAUUUUCGCGAAGAACGAAAAUGGAAAUAUGUUCUAGCGUUCGAACUAGCUUGUGCGGCUGUCGAUUGGCAUCUGGCUGGAAGCACUGAGGAAAGACAUAAAUUGGGUAUUUCGGUUUAUUGGAGACGACCCGCACCACAGCAGGAGACGGAGCCUCAGGGUGAAGUCAUGGAGCCGGAGCAAGAGGACGAAGAUACGCAGCAAGACGCUAGCAGCCCCGAUGGCAAGAACCCCAUGUCAAUGAUAGACUACCCAUCAUCUGAGGCAUCUGAUGACGAGCAAGAGCAAGAUAAUGAUCAACAGGAGAACGAUGUUAUCGACGACCUCGCCGGUGACACUGCUUUCCAAGAUGUUCUCCGAGAUCUGGAGCAGGACAGACUCAACGCAGAUGCUGCAGAUGCUGUGCCUAAGGUUGAGGACAUCGAGGACCAACACAUGAUGUCUUCCGAUCCUCAGGAGAAUGGAAUGGACGCGUCGCGUGCGAAACUGAUGGAAGGUGAUGCCGCCCCCAUCAAGGCCGAAGAGGAUGCUUCAUCCUUGCCUAAUCCUGCAUUGAAGACGGGGGCUUCAGAUCCGGUCCUGGGCUCUCAAGUGAAUAUCGGAAUGAGCACUCGUCAGGCCUCUAAGCCUAAUCCAUACAACCCGUUAAGAGACAGCAUCAUAUACUCCGACGCCACCAUGUUAUUCUUGGACCUCAGCGAUGCUGAUGGAGUCGGAGAAUUCGCCAACUCGGGUUCACAGCAGGAUCCACUAGAUGUACCCCGCCCCCCUCCAGAUUUGUCCGAGGUAUUUCCCGAGCUUCGCCCUCUCGAAAUGCUGGACCCGCCAUCGAGUGCAGCCCCUGUGGUCGAAGGGAAAAAGAAAGGGGACAAGAAGGAAGACCCGCACAAGAGAGUUGACGACACUAAUAUAACGAAAUUAACGCCUGUCACGCAAUUCAUGCAAGUUAAACCCACAUUGAUUGGGCCUGCCCAGCCCUCUAAGAGGUGGAGAAAAGGAAGAUGGCUCCCUUCAGAGGAGCCUCUUGUUCUCCUCGACCUGGAUAAUACUCCUCCCCGUGUUCAGCCGGAAAGGAUGCCCCAAAGUGGGCUAUUUGUCGGGCAUAAGCAAGCCAAUGGUGAAGGCCCAAGCAGAGAGCAUCCUAUGAUGCCCCAACCACCUAAAGACGCGAAGAAGAGGAUUCUCGAAUACCCAUGGACGGCCCCCGAGGAUUCACUUCUGAAGUCUCUCGCCGACAAGUUCCCCAACAACUGGCUCCUCAUUGCCGAAUGUUUCAAUGCUUCGCGAGUGACGUUGAGUACUGAUAGACGGACUCCCUGGGAUUGCUACGAGAGGUGGUCGACGAAAUGGGGUAGUGGCACGACCUUGAAGGAGGUAACGGAAAUGCCUCCUCCUCCCCCACCCUCUACUCAAGGACAAAUGACCACUCGGGGUGUGAAACGAUCUGUGAGCGCCAUGCAAAGCCCUAGCAGUCCUAGUCCAUCAAGCAUUGCGCCAACACCAACAGCACUCAAUACUGAGUCUCGUAAGCGUCGCAGACAUCAAUUGAUUCACGAGACCAUGCGCAAGGCUGCCAAGCGACGCGAGGUAACCAUGAAAACAACUGCAGUUACCCAGCGGAAAACCACCGCGGUCCAUGAUACUCAUGGUCAAUACACCAACCUACCGAAGCACACACCGCUGGAACUCAGUCGUAAGAAAGCCGAGAAGGAGGCUAGAGCAAGCCAGGAACUACAGUUAGCUAGGAGGCAGGAGGAGAUUACCAGGCAAGCGCAGCUUCGUAACCAGCAGGCGAUACAGGGAGCCCAAGGUGUCCCGAAUAUGCUUCAGCAGGCUCAGAUGCUACAACAGCAACAUAAUGGUGCCGCUAGGAUUGCGAACGGACUGGCUGCUCCAGCGCUGCCCCAAAUCCGUAAUCAGGUCAACAUAUCUCAGCAGCGCUUACCUAGUAUUAAUGUUCCAAACACUCGCCUGUCGGAACAGCAGAUGGCGCAAAUGCAAAAUAAUGCUGCCCAGCAGAAUUCUCCCCCUCGCAACUCAGCCACGCCGACCAAUCCGUUUAAUCCCCCUCGUCCGCCGUCUGUGCAGCCCCCACAAAACACGAUCCCGACAAUGCAAGGUGUCGCACCGAACACCAUCCCGCGACCCCCUAUGCCCAACCCAAAUCAGUACUACCAGCUCCAGGGUGCAACUUACGGGAACGAUCCUUUGGAACAUGCUCUACGUAUUCAGAGUAUGCAGCAGUACGCCGCUCGAUUCCAUGCAUUGCAGGCCCAGGCCCAGGCACAACAAGCGCAGAACGCCCAAUCAGGAGGAACUCAGAACAAUACGCCUCAAGCUAAUCAGCAGCAGCCAACGUAUCCUCAAUCCUGAAUUAUUGCACGUUUUAUAUUAUUCGUGGGGUUAAGCAUUAUUUCUGACGAGC